AAUAACUAGAGACCACAACUCCAAACCAAUAUCAACUAUAUGGAAGAAGUUGGUGAUCACAUGAUGAUCAUUGAGAAUAUGCAAAGCCACAUCAAGCGAAAAAGGACUAAACGUCCAAGACCCUCAUCGAUUCUUACCCUAAGCCUAGCCUCAACCUCAUCUUCCUCCACCACCACCACCGACGAACCUAGGGCUCCAACCGUUUACCAUUCCAUUGAGUUCACCAACAAUUUUCAAGAAAACAAUGCCAAUGAUGACCAAGAUAUCGUCGAUUGCUUAAUGCUUUUGGCUCAUGGCAACCAUUUACCAGAGCCAGAGCCACUCAACAUGGUGUUUCCGCCUCCAUCAUAUGCUUACGAAUGUAAAUUAUGUGAUCGUGGUUUCACUUCUUUUCAAGCCCUUGGUGGCCAUAAAGCUAGCCACAAUAAACCCCACCGGGAUGUUCAAGAGGUUUCCCAAAAUAGAUCAACUUUGCUUUUCCUUAGACCAAACAAGCGUUUGACUUAUAGUGGUUCAACCAAAGGGCCUAGGGUGCACGAAUGUGCCAUAUGUGGUUCUGAUUUUACUUCGGGUCAAGCACUAGGUGGUCACAUGAGGCGGCAUCGUCCCAUUAUCAUGAAGGCGACUACAAGUACUUCUUCUAACAAAAAUACUAAUGCAAAUGGCGAAUUUAAGGCGCAAAAAACCCUACUAAUGUUGGACCUAAAUCUUCCUGCUGCUCCUAUCGAAGAUAAUCACAGUGAAACCAAAAUCCCUUUUGGAUCAAACAACCAAAUUAGUAUCUUUCCGGCACCUUCUUUGGUUGAUUGUCAAUUCUAAUCAGUUUAGGCUCGGUUAGGGUACUAAUUAAUUCUAACAUCAUUAUUCAUUGAUUAUUAUAUUCACGAUUUAUUGUAACAAGAUUAUUCAACAAU